AUGUCUCGCACUUGCCUUCAGGGCUCGGGGACUCAACGGCGUCAGAAGAGCGACUGCGACCAGGGCCUCCUGCGAAGAGAAGACGCCAGCUUCCAUCAGCCGGCCGGGGUGCUCCCCCCCCCAACGGCGACCCCUGUUCUUGGCUGGUCCAUGGCACCCGGCCCACGUCCUUCGUUUAAGACUUCUCCAAGGGGAUAUCGAGCAGCUCAUCCCUUCUUAAUCCUAAUUCUCUUUCUGCCCCGGCUCGAUCCACAAGACGGUCAUCGCAGCUUGUUCGGGCUUGUUAAUCGAGAUCCCCUAAGCGUCGUCUCCGUCAACGAUAUCUUUCGGCCAGACACAGCUGGUGCUCGGGGCACCCGUUCCACCUGCACAUAUCCGGACUACCAACGCGCUGCAACGAGGAAGGGGACAACGACACUGCUCGGGGUUGCAGUGCUGCAGUCUGGAGAACCCAUCAUCAGUGCGGCAGCGAGAGCCCAGACCAUCGAGCCGUCUCCCCUCGAUCCAUCACCACCCGCCGUCGCACCCGCUCUCGUUUUCACCCCUCUUCCCCACACCGCACACCGGGCGACUAGCCGAGCCUGGAACACGCCCCCGCGGUAUAGCGACCCCGUCCAUACAACAUCGUCGGCGUCACUGGGCUCUCUAAUCCCUGCGCCCACGAGAACCGGUGGCGAGCAUAUCUGUGAUAGUUAUAUCGCCUGGCUCCGCCCUCACCCGCCUCCUCAUCCCCAUAUCGUUUAUGAAUUUGUACAUAAUCGCGCCCACCACACCCCCGCACCCCCAAUCGCUUCUCGCAACUCCAAGACCUGUACUCCAGGUUGA